GCUCCGCGCCGCGUGCCUAGCGCAAGUGCCCCAAGCUCUCUCCCGGCGGUGUAAUGUUACGCGCGGCAUUUGUUCUGCGCCUCCUCUACCUGCCUGCCAUGCCCGGCCUAGGACUUGGCCGAGGGGCGCGCCAGUAAGCAUGACGACGACGGUCAUCUCGACGAUCAGCGCGACCAGCCCACGGCGGCGCACGACCACGAGCGGGAGCGGAUAGCCCACCUUCGUUACGGCCGUCAAGGAAGUCGCGAGUCAAGGCGAUGCCCGGGCUGGCGCCGCAGGUGCCGCUGUUGCUGGUCAUCCUAGUGCAACUGGUCCAACUCUCGGCGGGGCAGGAGGCCGCCGUGGACCUGGCCCUCCUCGCCCAGUGCCAGGCCAUAGCCUGCGAGCGGGGCGAGUGUGAUUUACCGACAACUUGUUGUACCCCGCAACUGCCCGAGGAGUACGACCAGGCGAUCUGCAGCCCGGUGUGCGAGUGCGCCCAGGCCGGCGCCCCGCAGGAUGACCCGGGUUCCUGCGCCGUGCUGCCCGCCCCCUCGCUACACUGCCACCAGGACCGGCUGCUGAGCGUGCGCUGGGGCCCCGCCGGCCUGCCCGCCACCACCGUGUUCCUGCUCGAGAUGAAGGUGGAGGGCGGCGACUGGCAGGCCGCCAACCUGACUCGCCGGCAGAUCGGGUACGUGCGCUUCCUGCAGCCGGAGACCAACUACACCUUCAGGGUGACGGCCUUCACCCCCCAGGGCCGGCAACGCCACUGCAUGUCGCCGCCCAGCGACUGGCUGAGCACCCUCAGCGAGGACCACGACCCGGGCAUGCCCUCUCCGUUGCGCCUCGACUCCAUCGACUACAGGGAGCGCUCGGGGCGGGCGGUGGUGUCCUGGUCCGGAGGCAGCGACCCGGCCUGCCUGUACGCGGUGAGGUGGUUCCCCCGCAAUGACGCGCGCUACCGGGACUACGAAUACUUUGUGUACGAGAGUCCGAUGAAAGCGACGGAGCUGCUGGACCUGGACGAGCGCUACAACGUAAGGGUGGCCGCGGUCUCGGCCAACAUGGAGCGCGAGUCCAACCACACCGGCCUGUACGUGUCCACCAAGACGUGCCUGGAGGCCAACCACUACAACCUCUCCAUCUGCAAGCCCCCCGCCGUGGAGAACGUCAAGGUGUCCGUGCUGCGCGUCAAGUCGUCGGCGAAGGUGCGGGACGUGAUCGUGGACCUGUACGUCAACUGGACGCGGCCCGUCGCGGACCCCGACAUUUAUCGCAUCUACGUCAAGGACCACUCCGUGGUGGGCAUCAGGCGCACCGCGACAGCUCCAGGAAACGCGACCAGCGUGGAGAUGGCCGACGUGGGCGUGCUCCCGUCCUUCGUCGUGGAGAUCUGGGCCGAGUCGGCGGGCGGCGUGGGCCCCAGCGUCCUGGAGCUAUGUCCCGGGGUGAAGCCUGAGCCCGAGAGCCAAGGUGGCUGGGUCGCCACGGUGUUGGGCCUCGUGCUCGUGAUGACCAUCCUGGUGGCCUUGUUCUUGUUCGCGGCGCGCCGGCGGGCCAGGAAGGCACGCAUCAAGCGCGACCGGAACAAGACGUUCGAGGACUUGGACCGCAACCAGAAGGUGCCCGACGGCGGCCUCCUGGCGGUGCCGGGCGGCGCGAUCGGCGUGGAGCUGGAGGGCUGCCUCAUCGCGUCCUCCUCGCUGCUGCUGCUCGACACCCUCGGCUCGGGCUGCUUCGGCACCGUGUGCAAGGGCGUGCUCACCUGCCCCGACGGCAAGAUGGAGGACGUCGCCGUCAAGAGGCUGCGAGAUGCCGCGACGCCGGAGGAAAAGGCACGCUUUGCAGAGGAGAUAGCCCUCAUGAAGAGUGUGGGCCAGCACAAAAACAUCGUGUCCAUGGUGGGCUGCUGCGUCGACAGCGGGGUCACGCUGCUCGUCGUCGAGUACUGUGCGCUCGGCGACCUGCAGAGGUUCCUGCGCGAGGCGGCGAAGGCCAUGAGUGCGGACAACCUCACGUACAUCUCGCUGUUUCACAGCGACUGUGACAGCGAUUCUUCCCCCUGCUCCUCGUACUACGACGGCUGCACCAAAGCGAAGCCCCUCACCGCCGUCUCCAACGCCACGUACGGCCUUAACCUGGCAGAGCCCAAUCCAUCGGGGCAUUCUGGCCUGCGAAUUUACGCCAAAGACCUGCUGGCCAUAGCGCGCCAGGUCGCCAUCGGCAUGGAGUACUUGGCCAGCAUCCGGGUGGUGCACCGAGACCUAGCCGCCAGGAACAUCCUGGUGUGCGAGGACAGGACCGUCAAGAUCUCCGACUUCGGGCUGUCUCGCGACAUCUACGAGCAGAACGUGUACCACCAGAGUGGCUUUGACAAGGUGCCCAUCAAGUGGAUGGCCAUGGAGUCCCUGCUGCAUCGCGAAUACACCACGCAGUCGGACGUAUGGUCUUUCGGUAUACUGCUAUGGGAGAUUGUGACGUUUGGCGGGUCCCCGUACCCUUCCAUUCCCAACAGCGGGCUGUUCCAGGUCCUGCAGCGAGGCUAUCGCAUGGACAGGCCCGGCAACUGCAGUGAGGAGCUGUACAAAGUGAUGCGACGGUGCUGGAUGGAAAAUCCGUUAGAACGACCGACAUUCACCGAUCUGAAGAAGAGUUUGGACGACCUCCUCCAGGCUGCAGCGGGAAGUGACGGCGCUGAAUACCUCCCGUUGUUCUCAUAAACAGUUUCAUCCUUUUUUGGGGGUUGCAGUUAACUUGUCGAUUUAUGGUUGUAUAUAUAUUGUGUAUGCCUAUAGACGCAGGACCAAAGCAAAAACGACACCUGAGGUAGGAGUCGGGCAGAGUCAUGACAUGCUCACAGAUUUCAAGUAUUCUAUGUUUUUUGUGAUAUUAUAGGUAUUUUUUCGUAGAUUUUAUCUUAUAUUUUAAGACCUUGGAAGUACAAAUAUAGCUGUAAAUAUAUUAUUAAGCUUCUAGCAUUUAAAGCUAAUUUCUCUCACAUAAAAAUGUGCCAAUUGUUCUAUUUUGACAGUUAUAUCAGAUCUCUGGUUAAAUCAUCUUUAGCCAUUACUUUUAUACUGAUAACUCUAAAUGACAUUAAUGUAUAGUACACUCAUAUGUCCAUGUUGUGAGUGUUUGUAACUAAAACCAAAGCUUUUCACAUAAAAUGCAUUUAUUUGAGCCACUUAUACAAAGUAUGUAUGAUGUUGGCAUCUUAAUUUUAAUUUGUUUGUAUUAAGUCAAUAAAACUGUAUGCCUCA